AUGGCGACGAAAGUCGCAAAAGUGACGGUGGAACGUCUAGACGCGGAAAAGGUCUCCGCAACAGACUCGGACGGGAGUCUCAUUUCUGCCCGUUCCAUGCGCUCGACCCGGUCAAUGCGCUCGACCCGGUCUCGAUCACGCUCACACUCCCCAAUGAGUGAGAGCCGCUUCUGGAGCCCUGGAAGCAAGAGACGGCGCCUUUCGAAUGAAAGGUCACGAUCUAGGUCGCCGAAUGUUGACGAUGGUCAAAGUACCUCGGCAAUUGUGGCACCUACACGCAGAGGAAGAGGCCGGCGCCCUACCACGGGAGAAUACGUUGGCUAUGCAAAGGCUAUUGAAGAGGUCAAUAAGGCGAAACGUGAACAGCUGCGGCUUCGCGACGAAGAAGAGGCGGAGGACUUUUGUCGGUCUUUUAGAACCCGCCAAGUGAGACUGUCGGAAACGUCCACCGACGAGGAUGUGAACCUCAACGAUCGCGUCCGUAACAGCCUGGAAGCCAUCGAGAUGGUGGCCAAAAAGUCCAGUCAUCUCAAGGGUACCUUUCAAAAAACCCUGAAGGACUCGGCCAAGGUCAUGAAGGAGGUCUUUGAGAUACUGAGGACACACUCGGUAUCCGACGAAACCCGGCAAUUAGAGGCAGAGAACAAGCGCCUCAAAGCGGAACUGGUAGAUGUCCGCUCUGAGCUCCGGAAAAUUCGCGAGGACAUGCAACGCUUUGAAAUGUUGCAUCGGAGCUCGCUUCCCACAGAGGAAAUGGACGUGGUUCAAUCUGCGCCGUCGGGACCUCAUCCAUCGGCGCCACCCAAAAGAAGGCUAAGCCUAACGAACCUGCGGCCCUAG